AUGGAUUUCAUAUCUUUUCUGCUUGAUUUAGUCAUGGAUGAUAAUGUGCGUGUGAAGUGGACAAACGAACUUACCAAACGGUUUCUAGAGACUUGUAUAGAAGAGGUCCAUAAAGUGGGUCGAAAUGGAGGUAGUCUUCGCAAGGAGACUUGGGUGAAAGUGGCAACCAAACUUGAGAAAGUUUGCCAUGUAAAACUCACCCAGAAACAACUGAAAAACCAAUAUGAUUAUUUGAAGGGAAAGUAUUCGGGAUGGGUGUACCUAAGGAAUAAAACAGGGAAUAUUUAUGACCCUGAAAUGAAUACAUUCAUCCUAACAAAUCAAGAAUGGGAAGAUUUCUUUAAGGGACAUCCAAAGGCAAGAACAUUAAAGACUACACCAUUGAUAUACCCUGAUUUAUGUAUAGCUUUGUUUGAGGGGACUUCUGCUACCGGAUCUCGUGCUUAUGCCCCUAGUUCAACCCGUGAGAGGACUACAAUUUCAUCUUCAUCAUUUACAUCCAAUAUCCCUACUACUCAAGAAACUGAAAAUGAGGUGGAUGGAGAUGAGGAGGAAGGACCAACCGUCAAUAUUGCGAGCACAAUUCCAUYUAGACCGAAGAAGAAGAGUAAAACCAAGGUCGAYAUGGAUGAAUUGGCUCUAGAAAUGAGGGGUGCACUUCAAACACUUGUUACACAACAAGCCACACUUGUUGAACAACAAACUGCACUUGUUGCACAACAAACCUCAAACCUGAAUGCUUGUCUUGAACGGUUGGACACUCUUUGCCUUGAUAAAAGAAGUCCUCUUUAUGGUUCAGCCAUUGACAUUUUUGGGCAGUCAACAUUAAGAGAGACGUGGUUGUCGAUCCCUUUAGACGCUGAUAUAUUAACGUCAUGGAUUUCAAGGACGGCAAGACGAAUGGGGCUUAUGGAUUAG